AUGACAGUAGAACUCAGCACCAGCAACUACUGCUUCACACCGAUGUCAGCUGGCUAUCCAGAGGGAAAACACUACAGAGGCUUUUUGAGCUGUGUGACGAAGGGAUUUUCUGUCUGAGCACUCACACCCCCUUGUGGCUGUGUUCGUGGACACACACUGUAUAGCCUGCCUCGCCAUUCUUGCUGAUGUGUUCAGCAAACUGAACAACCUGAAUAUAACUCUGCAA